GGGGGUCGUUGACGCUGUUACUUGGUUCUCGGUGGAAACACCGGCUCCUCUUUGGUCUGGCUACCCUCCCCUCACGGAGCUCUCGUAUGCUCACAUGCACUCCCUUUGCCUGGUCGGCGUUCGAGGGUAAACACAGAUGGCAUACAUGCGUAAGCGCCGUUGUUGAUUUCCGGCUGUCAUUCCCCCUUUGUCUACUGCAAGGGUUGCAGCUUAUUUCGGACUGGCUUAUUGAAUUUCUCCCGUCUGUUUCCCAAAUCCUAGACUCCGUCAGUAAGCUCUGUGGACACGGUAUGACGAACGCUGUUUGCCUUUGCCCGGGUGGGCCAUGAUGUCACGUGGGUCGCACUACCUAUCCUUCAACACCCCGGCUGAGGAAGUGAUUGCAGUCGUGAUUUUCGGAUUUUCAGCUUACCCUGG